CUGUCAUGGAAAAGCAGAGGAAUGUAUCGGGCUGUGUCGGGCCCUGCUGGGAGUGGUUGUGUGGCUGCUGCAGGGCUGUGCAUUUUACUGCGAGAAGCUGAGAGAACUGGGUCCAUCUGCCAGCACAGAGACCUGCCUCAACGCAUGCCAAGAAAGACUUCACAGCCUGAUGAGCAGCACCAAGAACAGAGCUCUGGUCCACAUUGCCCGGCUCGAAGACCAAGGUUCCUGGAGCAAUGUUGAACAAGCAGUGUUUAACUUGACAGAAGGCCUCGACAACAUCCCCAACCAAACGCUGAGGACCAAAUUAGAGGAAAGUUUGUCUCUAGUGAAAAGUAUUGCCCUGAUGCUUUCUGUACAAUGUGACCUGCCAGUCCGUGCCUCCUUCCCUUCAGUUCAUGCCUUCGUCAUGCUGGAGGGGACCAUGAAUUUGACUGGGGAGAUACAGCCAAUGGUCGAGCAGCUAAUGAUGAUUAAAAGAAUGCAGCAUAUUCCUGGUCCUCUUUUUGUUCUGGAGAUUUGGAAGGCCUGUUUCACUGGGCUCAUUGAGUCACCAGAGGGCACAGAGGAGCUGAAAUGGACCGCCUUCACCUUCCUCAAAAUCCCACAAGUUCUGCUCAGAUUAAAGAAAUAUCCCCAGGGUGACAAAGGGCAGGAUUUCAUGGAAGAUGUAAAUAUUGCCUUUCAAUACUUGCUUAAACUCACACCACUGUUGGACAAAGCAGAUCAGAGAUGCAACUGCGACUGCCUCGGCAUGCUUUUACAAGAGUGUAACAAGCUUGGACUGCUGUCGGAUUCAAAUACACAGAGCCUCACGUCAGAGCGGACUAUGGACAGGGAGUUUGUCCCAAGGAUAAAGACUGCAGAAAAUGCAAACAUCCAGCCUAACCCAGGCCUCAUCCUGAGAGCUGAGCCCACAGUCACCAAUAUUCUCAAGACCGUAGAUGCUGACCAUUCAAAGUCCCCUGAGGGCCUUCUUGGCGUUCUUGGACACAUGCUGUCGGGAAAGAGCCUAGAUCUGCUCCUGGCAGCAGCAGCAGCAACUGGGAAACUCAAAUCCUUUGCCAGAAAAUUUAUUAAGCUUAAUGAGUUUCCCAAGCACAUCACUGGCGAAGGAUCCAAGUCUGCAUCUGUACGAGCUCUGCUCUUUGACAUUUCCUUCCUCAUGCUCUGCCAUGUUGUGCAAACUUACGGUUCUGAGGUGAUCUUAUCAGAUCCCAGUCCCUCAGGAGAGACGCCUUUUUUUGAAACAUGGCUCCAGACGUGUAUGCCUGAAGAGGGCAAGACUCUGAACCCAGACCACCCCUGCUUCAGACCUGAGCCGGGAAAGGUGGAGAGCCUGGUGACCCUGCUGAACAACUCCUCAGAGAUGAAACUAGUUCAGGUGAAAUGGCAUGAAAUCUGCCUCAGCACUCCAGCAGCCAUAUUGGAGGUCCUCAAUGCAUGGGAGAACGGUGUGCUUUCUGUGGAGGCGGUCCAGAAGAUCACUGACAACAUCAAGGGGAAAGUAUGCAGCAUGGCUAUCAGUGCGGUGGCGUGGCUCGUGGCUCACGUCAGGAUGUUGGGAAGGGAUGAGAGGGAGAAGCCUCAGACGAUGAUCCGACAACUCGUGACUCCACACUAUGCAGAGAACACCCUACAGUUUUAUAACGAGCGCGUGGUCAUUAUGAGUUCCAUCAUGGAGCACAUGUGUGCAGAUGUUUUCCAACAAACGGGCGCCGUGCUGCGAGCCCCAUUGGAGGGCCAGGAGCCAAUCCCGUACCGCAACCUGCUGCCUACUAAAGAGCCCAUCCACAAGGCCCUCAGCCAGCAGUUUCAGGUGGUGCUGCGGAAAGGCUGGGUGGACAGUCAAGCUUUUCAUCUGUUCGAGAGCCUCCUCAACAUGGGAGGGGUCUUCUGGUUCACCAACAACCUGAUCAGAGAACUGUUGAAGGAAACACGACAGGAGUGGGCUAGUCGGGUCGUGGAGUUACUCUACAGCAUCUUCUGCUUGGACACUCAGCAGAUCACCCUGACGCUGCUGGGUACCAUCCUGCCCAACCUGCUCACUGACUCGGCCCACUGGCACAGCCUUUCUGACCCCCCUGGAAAGGCUUUGGCCAAGUUGUCUGUGUGGUGUGCGCUCAGCUCUUACUCCUCUCACCACAAAGGCCCCUUCUCAGCUCGUCAGCGAAAACGGCAGAGAGAAGACAUCGAGGACUACAACAGCCUCUUUCCUUUGGACGACACUCAGCCGUCUAAACUCAUGCGGCUGCUGAGUUCCAACGAAGACGAGCCUGCAGCUCUUUCCAGUCCAGGAGAUCGAUCCAUGAGCAGCUCCCUGUCUGCCUCCCAGCUUCACACCGUCAACAUGAGGGACCCGCUCAACCGAGUCCUGGCCAACCUUUUCCUCCUUUUUUCCUCCAUCUUGGGCUCCAAGAUGGCAGGGCCUCACACCCAGUUUGUGCAGAGUUUCGUGGAGGAAUGUGUGGAGUGCCUGGAGCAGGGAAGCCGCGGGAGCAUUCUGCAGUUCAUGCCUUUUACAAUGGUCUCUGAGCUGGUGAAGCUGCCUGCUUUGGCCAAACCUAAAGUUGUCCUGGCUAUCGCCGACCUGACUCUGCCACUGGGGAGGAGAGUUGCUGCCAAAGCCAUCGCUGCUCUGUGAGCUGUAACUUUCUGUCCCCUUCAGAGAGAAAUGAUCUCUGCUGAAACGGACGUGGGGUGAAAACUAAACCGAUUAUAAGGACUGCGUCGUCGUCAUAUCUCUUUUCUGGAACACUUUUUAAAUGUUUUUUAACACUUAUAGAGUUGUGUAAAAAUAUGUUUUUGAAUAA